CGUCGUCGGGAGAAGACGCGUCGGUCGCUGCUAUUUUUAAACGAAUCGAAAAGUUUUACGCGUGACUUUUGACAGUUCACCUUUAAAUUCAUAAUUCGAACGUUUUUGGACUGCGUUCUGUGCUGUGUGGUGUCUGUGAAUAUUGCCUGUGGCCAGUUGGUUUAGUGCUCUGUGAACUUUUUGGUGGGAAUAAAAUUGGAUGUUUAUUUGGUCUGCGAUUGCGCUUUUUCGUGGCUUUCCUGAAAUAUAAUUGGAUGAAUAACAUUUCGAUACCGGCGUAAGCGCCGCGAGAUGUCGUUGGUGACGUAGAGGGCGCGCGGGAAAAAACAACAUGGCGGACGGCGGCACGCUGACAGCUGUCAUUUUGACAUUCCUGCAGAUUUAUCCAGGUGCAGUGUUCAGCCUGGAGCUGCUGGAGCUUCGCGUGCCGUCGCACGUGCCGCUGGGCACGCGCGCGCUGCUGGCGUGCCGCUGGGCGCUGGCGCCGCACGACUCGCUCUACUCCGUCAAGUGGUACAAGGACGGCAAGGAGUUCUUCCGACACGUGCCAAGGGACCUGGAGCCAAGGAGGAAGUUCCCGCUGCCAGGUGUUGAUGUGGAGAAGUCCAGCCCGAACGGCGCCAACGUGACGCUGUCCCCGGCAGUGGUGGAGACGGCGGGGCGCUACCGCUGCGAGGUAUCGGGGGAGCGCCCGCUCUUCCCCACCGUGUCCGACCACGGAGAUAUGAUGGUCGUUGCUUUACCAGAACACGGGCCGACAAUAGUCGGCUCCCGCCUGCGCUACCGAGUCGGAGACCGGGUCCAAGUCAACUGCACAUCCGGCCGCUCGCGCCCCGCCACCCGCCUGGCGUGGUACGUGAACGGCGAGCCCGCACCCGCCUCCUAUCUGCUGCCUCUGCAGGAGCACCGAGGGUCUGAUGGACUGGAGACCACGAGCUUGGGGCUGGAUUUUAAAGUCAAGCCGAAGCAUUUUCGGAGAGGCGAUUUGAAACUUAAAUGUCUCGCCACGAUAGCCACGGUGUACUGGAGGAGCAACGAGGAGAGCGUGCAGGGAGAGAGGCCGAAGGGCUACGCGAAGGCGCGCGAGGUGACCUUCGAGGGAGACUCCCGGGCAGACCGGGUCCAGGCCUCGGGGGGGCGCCGGCUGACCCCCGCCCUCACAUUCCUGCUCGUGAUGUUCACACAAAUAUCAUGCGAUAGACUAACCUAAGGCUUAGAAUAAGGUAUUAAUGCGCGUCAAUUCGCUGUGUCCCGGUGCUGUGAUUUUCUCCGGGAUUGCUGUUCGUCGUUCAGCCGCCAUUUUGCAUAAAAUGUGUAAGUAGGAAAAAGAGGAACUUUUAUUUGUUACAACUUAUAAAGGCCUAUUUAACUGUUGACUUUAGAAAUAUAUUCUGAAAUUAAAACGAUGUUCAAAGAAAAUUUUCCAGUUACAAUUCCUUCCUGUGAGUUAGAGUGCUCUGAACUCAAUUUACAUUUAUCUUGGAACUUUUCCCACAAAGAUGGGGGAAACUACAGCAAAUGGACAGUGUCUACUUCUACUUAAACUAUGAAUAUAUGUACAUUUUAGCUCCUUUUUAUUACUAAUGAUAAAAAAGAGAGUAAACAUUAUUAGGAAAAUAUACAGAUUAUGUAAGAAAAGGUUAAUCUUGUUGAAAUUAUGUAUUAACUAAUCCUAGCUAGUAAGUUAAAUUAUCUUAACGCAAAAAAAAAGCUUUCUCUACAUAUUUUAUGUUUGGCAAAUCGUGUUUUUUUAAACUCUAAUCGGAGCUUUUAGAGGUCGUUAAUUAAACGUGUAACCCGAUAUUUUUAACCUCCUACAAGCACAUACAUAGAAUACAUUCGACGUAUGUCUCCGAUUGUUGAAUGCUUUCAAUGGAGUACGAUCUAACUUGACUUAAAAUUCAGUGAAAAAGGACGCUUUAAAAU